CGCCUAGCGGCAGUCAGUCGGCUCUGCAGUGCCACACAGUGAACCUCGCUACUCGUGGGUGCUGCCGCAGUCAGUGCUUUAAACGCAGGACACAAACAGUGAACGCUCCGAGGCGCGAUGCGCGGACAGUGCUUUCGGAUUAUGAGUUAAGGACUAGUGGGACUUUUGCGUUGAUUAGCGGCGGCCAAAAUGCAGUGCUGGCCGCUGGUUACGUGUGUGCUGGUGGUGUGCGCCGUGCAGGCCGCCGGGUGUCCGGUGGUGUGCACCUGCAAGUGGAAGGGCGGCAAGCAGACGGUCGAGUGCAUCGACCAUGCCCUGAUUCAAAUUCCGGAGGGCAUCGAUGCCGAAACGCAGGUGCUCGACAUGUCCAACAACAACCUGCAAAUUCUUCCGCGGGAAACUUUCGUGCGUGCCAAUCUGCUCAACCUGCAGAAGGUAUAUCUGAAGAGCUGUCGGCUCGGACGGAUUGACAACAACGCUUUCCGCGGCCUGACUAACCUGGUUGAACUCGACCUGAGCUCGAACCUGCUCACCAACAUCCCAUCGGCCACCUUCCAAGACAUCCCCUUUUUGCGUGAAGUGGUGCUCAGCAAUAACCCCAUCCAGAAAAUUGAGUCGCACGCCUUCCAGUUCAUCCCCGGACUGGUCAAACUCGACCUGAGCGGCUGCGAGCUGAAAACAAUCGCACCGAAGGCUUUUGAUGAACUGGAGCAGUUGCAGUCGCUAAAAUUGAAUGAUAACCGGCUGAGUGAGUUGAGACAAAAAACGGUGGACGCGCUGCAAAAACUGCAGGGCGUCGAGCUGCACAAUAACCCGUGGGUGUGCGACUGCAGACUGAUGCCGGUGAAAAACUGGCUAGAGAAGAAAAACAUCCCCUACUCGGUGGAGCCGGUGUGCGGAAGCCCUGAGCGCCUCCGCUCGCGGUCCUUCGGAGAACUGGCCGUUGAAGACUUUGCCUGCAAGCCGGAAGUGCUUCCUGUGAGUCGGCACAUUGAGGCGGCCGCCGGCGAAGACGCCAGCGUCGUCUGCCGAGUGGCCGCCGUGCCGGCGGCCACCAUCAGUUGGUUCUGGAACGGCCGCCUGCUGCAGAACAACUCGGCCGUGGCCACUGCCCAGCGAGUGCUGAUUUUCGAAGACGGCUCCAACGAGAAGAGCAGCUCCCUAGUCCUGAUAAACGCCCAGGAAACCGAGUCGGCCGACUUUUACUGCGUGGCCGAAAACCGUGCUGGCACCGCCGAGGCCAAUUUCACGCUGCACGUUGCCGUCAGACAGGCCGGAAUGGCUUCGCUGGGCAGCGGCCAAAUCGCGGGCCUCAGCGCCGCCCUGGUUGUGCUCAUCCUCUUUAUUCUGCUGCUCAUCCUUCUGCUGCUGGUGCGAAUCAGGCGGCUGCCGUUCUCCACUUCCGCCAAAUCGCAAACGCCGCACGACGCACCAGCCAAGUCUGCGGCCGCCACGGUCACCAUCGAGACGGAGCGCCGCAACGGCUCCAUCAUGAUGAGCGACCCGGCCCUCAAAUCCCCCGUCAUUUGCGAAAUCAAACUGCACAAUUCUGCGCAAAAGCAGCUGCGUGGCCUCACGGACGUUCACUCAACGGUGGCCGUCGGCCACCUCAACCUCAACGGCCAGGCCUCGAUCGACUCGUUCCGCAACCCCGACCUCAUCAACGAGGCUGAACGAGCCGACGGCCCUCGAGACGAUGGUGUGCUCGCUCCCCGGACGCUGUCCGGCGAGUACAGCCGCGCUCACGGAGACAGUUUGUAUCCGUCCGGCCUGUGGGACGGAUCGUCUGACCUCUACCUGCCGGACACCACGGACAAAACCCCCAUCAUAGAGGAUGCCCCCUUCCCUUCAGUCGGCGGCCACCCAUCGCCCUGGGACACCACCGACUACCCUGCAGACUACGGUCUUCCCAUUCCUGGACACUCGCCGCCCCCGGCGCCCGCCCCCACCAACCCGCCUCCAACCGGUGCCAAAACGCUGCGAGUGUGGCAGAGAGGCACGGCGCCGGUGCUGCCGCCGGUGACGGCCCUCAAGAGGGUGCUCGGCAGCAGGAACUCUCCUGACGAGGGCUACCAAGAGGGCUGUGGCACCGACGUUUAAUUUCGGACAUAAAAAAAAAUUGAACAAUUAGUGAACCGAAAAAGAACAAAAACUGGACCCAAUCAGUGCUGAGAUGUGAUCUAAUGUUAAUUGACGAUUAACUUAAGCGAAAAGAAUUGUUAUUUUUUUAUCGUAAAAAAAAUCUUACGUAGUUGGAGAGUGACGUGCGUGUGCAAAAAUUGUUGAAAUUGUGUAUAAUUAUAUACCACGCGAAUGUAGACGCCCUUCCUUCUCUCCGCUGUUAUUCGGUGCUCGCGCGAGAGCACCCCUUUUUCCCGAGUGAGUGAAGAUUUGGAUUAACCUGAGUGACUGUGAAUAUAAUUAAUGCGCUCCGCAAAAAGUGGCACCGAAGCGAGCGGUGCCCGAUCAGCUUGAUUUCAGCAAAUCCCUCUCCCACACGCGAUUGCCGGGGAGAAUUGACAUAUUCGUGCGCGAUGCAUGGGUGAUAAUGACGAACGUGUUUUGGCCGUCGGGCUCUGGAGAUUUUGCAUCGAGCAUAGCCAACAAAAUAACCCAUUUUCCACUUGACGCCACUUUUAUACCUUUCACACUUUUAAUUUGCAAAUUGAAUCGUAGAUGUAAAAAAAAAUACUCCAAAAAGCGGAAUUGAUUUUCCUACGCAGACUGCCAAAACAUGCCCAUAAUUGUUGCCUGAAGUAGAAAAAUUUGUCAUAAAAGCCAAGUCAAGAUGUAUAAAAAAAAAAUAUAAUGUAAAAUAAUCACCCUCCCUUUCCCUGAAAUACUCGAAGUCGUUUUCCACAAAAUAUCACAGACGGGCCACCAAACGUUUUGCAAUUAAUUUCAUGUUUCAUUGUGCGCAAUUUUAUUUUCCAGAAAAAUUAUCAUAAACAAAAUGAUGUCACACUGCUUACUGUAAUUAUUAAUUAACAAUGUGCAGAGUAACAAUUCAUUGUUGACAGUCAAGAAAAGAAGUCAGUGUAAAACAAUGUACGAUUUUAUUUCCCACAACAGAGAUAAAAAUGAAAUGCGGGCAGCCCCGUCAUACUGGUGCAUGUUUAUGUUUAGAGGGGGGCCUGCGUGCAAACAUGAUUAUUCAGUGUUUUAAGUGGAAAUAAUGUGAAAUGAGAGCGCAAAGAAACUUUAAACUUCCAACAAGCUACAAACCAAAGCAUGCAAAGUUUCGUUUAAUGUCUUUUUGUAUUUCAACAACUGCUGCAUUAUUUUGUAAUUUAUUAUUUGAAUAUACCUAAAUUUUUGCGUGGAAUUGCCAGAACAGUAAAGAUGUAAUAAUUUUUAAAAAUUAUGCUUUCCGAAUAAAAGAGGAGUUUUUAUUAAUUGAUUUCAUUUUGUAUGGUUUAAUGCCAUAAUUAAUUUUAGUCUUAAUUCCUCUUUUUUCUGUUGGCUAUACAAAUUCGGUUGUUCUCAAUUUUUCAUUGAAAGAAACAGCAAGCGCAAAUGGGCCUUUUAAUUUUUGAAUUUAUGCACGUAAUGUUCUUUGUGACUGAAUUUUGGCUCGUCCAUUUCUGAUUAGCUGUUAAGGCGGACUACUUGGGAAAAGAGACAAAGUGAUGUGAACUGACAAAACUUAAAUAAUUACAUACUGAUUGUAAAAACUUCGUGACGCGAUUUAUGCAAUUACUAUGAUAAUGAUGAGCUAUAAUAUAUAUUUGGAAAAUA